GAUGGAGCACACAGUCGACGAACCAUGUCCUUCGCCACCAAAUUAUUUGAAAUACUCUGAACACAACCAAUAAUCCCCGUGAACUGAUGAUGGCUGGAUCUUGUGAAGUUGCGGGAAAAAUUGACUGAGCGACAGCCUUCAAUGUGAAAGAAGUUGAGGGAAGUCUUGAAGUUGGGGCACUCAGGGUGUGUAAGGAGUUUGUCUACAAGGAUGGCGUCUCCUACCCUGACUGCUGAUGUUCGUCUAGAAGUGUCCCAGUGUUUCCAGAGCCUCACUUUGUCAGCUCCAAAAGAAGAUGCUAUCCGUGCUCUUCAAACCCUCUGCUCUUACUUGGACGAAGCACCUGAGAAUGCGAGCGCUUUGGUGCAAAAGGAAAAUUUCCACAGGUCUCAUUUCACUCGCACUCUUCAGUUCCUGGUUAAGAACAUUCAAGCCGACUGGCUGCACGACCUGACUGUGGCACAGCGUUCGGAAUUAUGGGAUGGCCUCUUCCUGCGUGGACCUCCUGAACAGGCUCUGCUGGUGCUGAUGGAGGGAAUCGGAGCGUUAAGACCAGGUUCAAAUCUGGACCACUUGGUCAGCAUCACAGAGAGAUUCAUCAAGAGCGGUCGCAUGGCUGUACUGCUGUGGUCCUACUGUCCGGCCGCGGGUCCCGCAGACUCCCCCCAGCUCCGAGAGGCCCUCGUGUCACGUAUUGUGGCGCUGCCUGACCUCACUGCCAAUAAACUGCAACACAAAAACAAAUCCUCCUUCCUUCCUCAGCAGUACUAUCCUCUGCUGGCUAAAGAGAUGCUCACCGCCUUGGAGCGGACAUGCAAGGCGCUCAAAGAUGGCACGAGCUGUUCCUUGACUUUUGUGGCUCAGACACUUGGAAAACUCUGUGCCCAAGGACAUAGUGGUUUGUUGCUGCCAGCGAUGACUCCCAAAAUGUCCAGCUCCACACGCACAGACAUGGUGUGGCAGAGGGUUUGCUGGAAGCUGCUGGAAAACGUUCCCCAGCGCUGGAUGGAGAGUGUGCUCACCGGCCUGGUUCAGGCUGUCCGUGGGCCUGAUGCUUUGGGUAGAAUCAUGGGGAAUCUUGUGUUAACAAAUAAGACGGCCCAGUUUGUCAUCACGCAUAAAGUGCUGCUGCUGCAAUAUAAAUUUGAGACUCGCACGUUGAGAGUGAUUCUGGGUUACCUCGCUGCAGACAAGGAGAGAAGACCGCUGCUUAUCCAAGUGUUACGGUCGGUGUCCCAAGCAUGGGCCAACCCCAGCGCGGUGAAACACACUCCCCUGGAGCAGCAACUGUAUGUCAGCAAGGCCCUGCUGCUGUGUGUCAGUCUGCUGGAGGACGCCGAGCUGCAGGAGCUACGUUCAGAACUGCUGCAGUGCAUGUUGGGAGGCAUGCAGAGCCACCUGGACAGCAACUUGGUGCGCAUUAGGCAUAUUGGCAUGGUAGUGGGGGAGUGUCUGAGCUCCCGCAUGAAUAUCAACGGAACCAAGCUCCAAUUUGAGUUUGAACAGGAUGAGGAAACUCGAGAGCUGGUUUCUCUCAUGACUCCUAUUAACAUGGACGAAUCAGAACCUGAAUCGGAAGAUGGGGUCAGCCCUCCUCAAGAGAUCAGAGAAAAUCCACCAAUUUACAAUGAUUCAUCACCAAAUGAACAAGAAACGAGAUCAUCCAAAAAUGAGCCAGACUCUGACCUGGAUAGUGAUGACGAGUUCACGCCUUAUGACAUGUCUGGAGAUCAGGAAAUAAAUAAAGCUUCACCACCACGCUACCUCCGAGAUUGUCUAGAAAAUUUAAUUUCCUCCGAAGACCCGGAGCGCGUGGAGCUCAGCUUGAUGGUUACCGAGAGUCUGGUGAGAAAGAACGUCUUCGCAGCCAAGGAGGUCAGUGUCCAGCUAACCAAAGUUCUGCUUCACAUGGAGGAUAAAUACAACAUAAAUGGCUUCCUGGCUCUCAGGCAGGCCACCAUGGUGGCGAUUGUGGUCACUGACUGCAUCCCGGUGACCGAGUACCUGACUACAGAGUUCUACUCCUUAAACUACAGUCUUCGCCAGCGCCUGGAUAUUUUAGAGGUUCUUGCUGUGGCAGCUCAGGAGCUGUCGUUGCCAACCCCGGGAAACGCGAAUCCGAUUGUAGCCACAGAUGUCACACCAGACUCUGCUAACAACUCGGCUCACUGGCAGCAGGUUGUUGAGAAGCGCAUUCAGGCAAAGACGAAGCGCAUCAGUAAGGGAGCCGUCCAGCCUCCAGCAAAGGCCGCAGCCAACCGUUACGCACCGGUUGCUGGAUAUUUCUUCUUUCCUCUACUCAGAAAUUAUGACAAGCCUCAGGUGACCUUCGACUUGUUGGGAAGUGACCACCUGGUGUUGGGCAGGUUGAUCCACACCUUGGGCGUCUUCAUGCAUUUGGCAGUGAAUGCACCGGUUGCUGCACAGAUGGGUCGAGCUCUGCUUGACUUUGUGUGGACGGUGCGCUACCAAACUGACCAGCUGGUAAGACGAGGCGUCCUCUUUGCCGUCUGCUCUGUGUUUAUGAGCAUGCCCAGUCAAAACCUACUGGUGGACCUUGCAGACCAGCUUUUUGAAACCAGAUCUUGGUUGGCAGAUGUGGCCGAGGGUGACCUGGAUGCAGAUUGCCAGAGUUUGGCCGUGCAGUGUCUGGUGCUGCUGGAUAAGAGCCUGAAGAAACAGCUCCAAAGUCCGCAAGCCCUCAGCAUAGAAUCAUGAUGACCAACAACAACGACAACAACAACAAGAAAAACGCACCAAGUCAAAGAGAACACUCUGUCCUCACAAGGACUGCAGGUGUUGAUGAUGAUGAUCAAGGAAGCGGAUGACAGCAAUGCCCCUGAGAGCGGGAGGACUUUUUUCCUUCCUGGAACAUGAGACCAAGAAAAUGAAAAAGAAAGCACGUCUUGUCCCUCGGUUCUGUAUCUGUGUGUAUAUGCCUUAACAGUACACACAAUUUCUACAUCUAAUUUUCGUUCAAACUUCGACUCGUGGUCAAACCAGAUAAAAUGUGGCUAAAAAGGAGAAAUAUUAUUCCAUUUUAUUGGUUAAUAUUGUGUGAAGAGGAUAUCCUUUAUAUAGUAGAGGCAUGUCCUUUUGUCUCUUUCCUGUACAAACAGAUCUCACUAUUGGGGUUGUUUGUUCUCAAAGGACAUCCUGUGAAUAUUUAUGUAAAGAACGAAGUCGUACACACAGUGGAAAAAUAAAUUGCGCUUCCUCCUGUGACAUAAAUGGACGGUUUCACAUGAGAAUGAGUUCUCUAAAAUUCUGUUUCUCUAAGAAACUGCAAAAGAUAACAAUUUGUAGUAUCUAUUUAGAUUUUUGUUUACCCCAACUCAAAUACUUGCAUAUAUUCAUAUACACUAUUUUCUAGGGACUCUGAAUUGUCAUCACUUAACAUUCGUCAUACAUUGAAUGAUGAACAUGCGGUGGCCUCAGUUAUUUAUCAUCAAUUGAAAUUUUGAUGUAAGUGUUUUUGGAAAAAAUGGUAGACAUGCUUCAGAAACAUCACUUGUGCAAUAGUUCAUGUAUUUGCAUUUGGUACACUUGUGUCCCAUACAGAGUUCACACACGCUAUUAGGUUUGAAACGGGAAGUGUAUAGUUCUUCAUGUUGUUGCUACUUUGGUUACUCCAUAAACAAACACAGUGCAGCUCA